AUGAAUCGCCUGGCACAAUUCUUUGGCGCUUCUACUGCCAGUACCCCUGAGAAAACCCCUGACCCGUGGAUCGUGCAAGAACGCUCCGUUGAUGAAGCCAGACCACUGAGAGUAGUUGUCAUCGGCUCGGGGAUUUCUGGUAUCGUUGCAUCUAUUCGCUUCAGGCAACGCAUCCCCAACCUCGAUCUAUGCGUUUACGAGAAGAAUGCAGAUGUCGGAGGCACGUGGUUGGAAAACAGAUAUCCCGGCUGUGCAUGUGACAUUCCUGCCCACACUUAUCAGGCCACAUUCGAGCCUAACAAACAAUGGUCCACUUUCUAUGCCGCGGCUCCAGAGAUUUACCAGUAUUGGAAGAAAGUAGCGGACAAAUACGGCUGUGAGAAGUGCAUAAAGUUUAAGCAGCAAGUUAUGGAAGCUGUGUGGAACGAAAAGGAUAGCAAAUGGCAACUGAAGGUCAAGGACAUAGAUAGUGAUUCGAUGUACUCAGACCAGUGCGACGUGUUGAUCUCGGCCACCGGUUUUCUGAAUGAAUGGAAAUGGCCAAACAUCCCAGGUCUCCAUGAUUUUAAAGGGAAGCUGAUGCACAGUGCCCGAUGGGAUGAGAGUUAUGACUACAGUGGCAAGAGAGUCGCUGUGAUUGGAAACGGCUCGAGCGGUAUACAAAUCGUGCCUGGAAUGCUACCGAAAGUCACGCACAUGGACCACUAUGUCAGGAGCCGAACAUGGAUCUCACCUAGCUUUGCUAGGGAAGAAGUCGAGAGACGAGGGUCGAAACUAGACAACUGUGAGCGUGGACUGGGAACAGAAAUCGAGGUACAACUACAGUCUGUCCACGGCGCGACCAUGCUAGGCACGCCAGAACAGCUAGGGGCCAAAGAAGUUUUCGCUCAGAACAUGAAACAGCGGUUGUCAAGAAAGCCAGAGUUGUUUGAAGAUCUCGUACCCUCAUUCCCACCUGUUUGCCGCCGGCUUACCCCCGGGCCCGGCUACUUGGAGGCCUUGACAGAUGACAAGGUGGAGAUCAUCACUAGCGGGAUUGUUCGGGUUGAUGCAGAUGGUAUCAUCACCGCCGAUGGGGUGCAUCACCCUACUGAUGUCUUGGCGUGUGCCACCGGGUUCGACACCAGCUUCACCCCCCGGUUCCCCAUCACGGGGCGUGACGGUCUGUCGCUGGCGGAGCGGUGGAAGGAUACGCCCGAGGCCUACCUCUCCAUAGCAGUCGAUGGGUUCCCGAACUACUUCAUCUGCUUCGGGCCCAACUCGGCGCUGGGGGAGGGCAACCUGUUACUCUUGGCCGAGAAGGUGAUUGAUUAUUUCACCUCCUGCGUGCAGAAGAUGCAGCGGGACAACAUCCGGUCCAUGUCAGUCAGGCAGGAUGCGGUCAAACGGUUCACGCGACACUGUGAUCAAUACUUCUCCCGCACGGUGUACAGCGAGAAGUGCCGAAGCUGGUAUAAAGGGGGAGAUGAGGAUGGACGGGUGAUAGGCGUGUGGCCCGGAUCCUCACUCCACUCACUCAAGACCCUCUCGCAUCCCCGUUGGGAGGACUUCACCUACGAGUAUGUUGACGACAACAUGAAUGGCUGGAUCGGCGAUGGGUGGACGGAGAAUGAGAAGAAUAACGCGAUCGAGGUGAACUAUCUGGACGAUGAUCAGGUGGACUUUCCUUUGACAGUGGUUGAGCCCCUGAAGAAUUAG